AUGGGUUGUUCAAGUAGUAUAUAAAAUGUAAAUACAGUUAAUUAAAGACAAACUGAAGAAAUUCUUGGUAACCAAAUUCCAAAGUAAUUUUUAGGAAACUAAUAACAUACACAUACUGACCAUUCAAAAGACAACACACACAUAAAGAAAGAUAAUCAUAUUGAAGAAGUAAAAAAGUCCCAAUAGAGAAUCAAGAAGAAAUUCGCAUAGAAAAUCCGCGCAAGUAAUUUUAAUAAUGAAGUUAUUUACGAAAACAUAUAAAAACAUGAGAGAGAAAAAACUAAAUAAGAUUAAGAAAUUAUCUUAUAAUCAUUAAGAAAUCAUUUUUUGUUUAAUGCUUUAACUGAUGAUGAACUAGUAAUGGUAGUCGACUCAAUGUUUUAUUGCACAAAUUCAUAAGAUUAUGUAUUUAUGUAAGGAUAUUCGGCUUCUUCUUAUUUUAUUAUUGAAAAAGGAGAUGUUGAGAUUUUAAUUAAUAACGAAUUUAAAAAAAAACUCAGUGUAGGUGAAGGAUUCGGAGAAUUGGCUUUACUUUAUAGUGCUUUAAGAAGCGCAUCUAUUAAAUGCAUAGGAAAAUGUGGGUUUUGGGGUAUAGAUAGGACUAAUUUUAGAAAAACAGUAGGCAAUUUUAUUUUUAUUUUUAUUUUUAUUAAUAAUUAUUUUUUAAUAGAAAAUAUUGUUUAACAUAAUUAUACUUCUAAUCGAUAGUUUAUGGAGUCUGUAAAUUUUUUUUAGUCUAUGAAUGCUUAAUAAAAAGAUAGUAUUGCAAAUGCAUUGAUAAAUAUUAAAUAUGAAGCUAAUUAGUUUAUUGUAAAUGAAGGAGAUUCCGCAGAUUCGUUUUAUAUGAUUAAAGAUGGUACUGUUAGCGUUUGGCAAAGUGGUAAAAUAAUCAGGAAAUUAUAAAAAGGGGAUAGUUUUGGAGAACAAGCUCUUUAUGUAAGCAGUACAAGGGCGGCCAGUGUAAAAGCGGAGACUUAGGUUUAAUUGAUGUCUUUAGGAAGGUAAAAUUUAGUAUCUAUAUUAGGAGAUUAGAUAUAAAAUAUUAUAUUUAAUAAUAUAAUUAAAUGGGGUUUUGAUAAAAAUUAAUUACUUAAAUAGUUAACGAAAAUUUAAAUCGAAAAAGUGACGAAAUAAUGUAUGUUUUAAAAUCAUAAAAAAGAAGAAAUCAUUUUCGAAAAAGGAAAUGUUUGUAAUAAACUUAUAGUGGUUUUGGAAGGAAAAUUAGGGGAAUUUUAAGGUAAUACAUUAGCAGUUAAGGGAGGGCUUUUUGGAGAUUAAUACUUGAAAAAAGCUUAAUAAAGUUAAGUUUUUAAAAAAGAUAUUGUUAUGCAGGCUGAUGGGGUUUUGUGUGUUAUUUCUUUUGAAAAUUUCAAGAAAUGUAUAGGUGGAGAUAUAGAAAAUGUUAUAAAGGAGAACGCUAAUUCUCAUGAAAUAAAAAUGCAAUAAUAAACUAAAGCAAAUGAUUAUUCACAUAUUCUAUUAAAUAAUUUAAUUUAUAUAAAAAAAUUAGGAGCUGGUUAAUUUGGGAAUGUUUACUUAGUUGCUAAUAAAACUAGUGAUUAAUUAUACGCAUUAAAAUCAGUAUCUAAAGCCUAGAUAGUAUAAUAGAAAAUCGAAAAAUACGUAAUUUAGGAAAAGAAUAUAUUAUUGGCAUCAAACUUUAAUUUUAUAAUGAAGUUUAUUCGAACAUUUAAAGAUGAUUAUUGUGUAUACUUUUUAGUCGAAUAUAUUCAAGGAAUGGAGCUUUUUGAUGUUAUAAGAGAUAUGGACUUUUUGAAUGUUUAAUAGAGUUAAUUUUAUAUAGGCACACUUAUUUUAUGUCUGGAGUAUUUGCAUGGGAAAACUAUUAUCUAUAGGGAUUUAAAACCGGAAAAUAUAAUGAUAAAUUCUAAUGGAAUUAUGUUUUUGAUAGACUUGGGUACAUGUAAAUUCUUGAACUAGGAGAAAAAUAUAGGAAGAACUUUUACUAUUAUAGGAACACCACAUUAUAUGGCUCCAGAAAUUAUUUAAGGAAAAGGAUAUUCUUAUAGUGUUGAUUUGUGGAGUUUAGGAGUUUGCUUGUAUGAGUUUAUGUGUGGAGGACUUCCUUAUGCAGAAGAUGCUGAUGAUCCUUAUGAAAUUUAUGAGUAAAUCAUGAAAUAACCAUUGAAAUUACCGAAAUUCAUUAAAGAUAGGAAUACUAUAGCUUUUAUAAGUUAAUUAUUGUCAAAAAGACCAGAGAUUAGAUUAGGAAGUAGCUUUGCGGCUUUGAAGGCUCAUCCGUGGUUUGAUAAUUUUUCGUGGGAUGAUCUUUAUAAUAGAAAUAUUUAACCUCCUUAUUUGCCACCAGCUAAAAAAAUUAUUGCAAAUAAAGAAAUACAGGAUUAAAUUAAGGCUGGGAAAUCGGUUAUUUAAUAAAUAAAGGCUGAUUAGGCUUAAUUAAAUAUUACUUAUAAUAAGGAAAAGGCAAAUAUUUAAAACUGGGAUAAUGAAUUUUGA